AUGUCCAUUGAUUGUCGACUUACCGCAGGUGAGGCUACGGUGGCCCAUGCUGCUGCUGCUACUAGGAACUUUGCGGUCCAGCCAAGAGUCGACUAUCGAACAGUAACUGGUGUAAAUGGACCGCUUGUCAUCCUUGAUAAUGUCACGUUCCCGAAAUAUGCAGAAAUUGUCAAGCUAACACUGCCAGACGGGUCCAUUCGCAAUGGGCAAGUCCUUGAGGUGGUUGGAUCAAAAGCCAUCGUGCAGGUUUUCGAGGGAACAUCUGGUGUGGAUGCGCACGCAACUCGAGUCGAAUUUUCUGGAGACACCCUCAAAAUGCCCGUAUCAGAAGAUAUGUUGGGUCGCGUGUUCAACGGGUCGGGCCGCCCCAUCGAUAAGGGGCCAAAAAUAUUCGCUGAAGACUAUCUAGACAUUCAGGGCCAGCCUAUUAAUCCAUCGUCAAGGAUCUACCCAGAGGAGAUGAUUCAAACCGGAAUUUCUGCGAUCGAUGUGAUGAAUUCCAUUGCACGUGGCCAAAAAAUCCCAAUAUUUUCUGCCGCUGGCCUUCCGCACAACGAGAUUGCCGCGCAAAUUUGCCGACAGGCUGGACUUGUGAGAAAGUCAAAGGACACUCUAGAUGGACAUGAAGAUAAUUUUGCAAUUGUGUUUGCUGCAAUGGGUGUAAAUAUGGAGACGGCCCGAUUCUUUAAGCAAGAUUUUGAAGAGAACGGUUCCAUUCAACGCGUUUCUCUGUUCCUCAACUUGGCAAACGACCCGACGAUUGAACGUAUCAUCACGCCUCGUUUGGCUUUGACGGCUGCAGAAUACUUUGCGUAUCAGCUGGAGAAGCACGUACUUGUUAUUAUGACCGACAUGAGCUCAUAUGCUGAUGCCUUACGCGAGGUCUCUGCUGCUCGAGAAGAGGUCCCCGGUAGACUUGGAUACCCUGGAUACAUGUAUACCGACCUCUCAACCAUUUACGAGAGAGCUGGCCGUGUCGAGGGACGCAACGGAUCGAUAACUCAAAUUCCAAUCCUGACCAUGCCUAAUGAUGAUAUCACCCACCCGAUUCCAGAUUUGACUGGGUAUAUUACGGAGGGACAAGUUUAUGUUGAUCGUCAACUCCACAAUAGACAGAUUUAUCCGCCAAUUAACGUUCUACCGUCUCUUUCUCGUUUAAUGAAAAGCGCCAUUGGCGAAGGGAUGACCAGAAAAGACCACAGCGACGUUUCCAAUCAGCUUUAUGCCAAAUAUGCCAUAGGCAGAGAUGCCCAAGCCAUGAAGGCUGUAGUUGGGGAGGAAUCCUUAAAUCAAGAGGACAAACUUUCGCUCGAAUUUUUACAAAAAUUCGAAAACUCUUUUAUUUCGCAAGGUCAUUAUGAGAACAGAUCCAUUGAGACCUCGCUUGACAUUGCAUGGAAUUUAUUGCGCAUAUUUCCAAAGGAGAUGCUCAACCGCAUUCCAAAACAAAUCCUUUCCGAGUUUUACCUGAGAGACAAAAGAGUUCGUCACAGUUCUAUUUUGACGGCCACGCCAAAUUUUUCAAUGGAGGACACCAUUGGAUCGCCAUCGUCCAGGGAAUCUCUGCAAGUAGAGAUGGAAAAAUUGUAUCGCGAAAUUGUCGGCCGAAAGGUGGAAAAUCUCGAGGCUGAACGUAGGUUUUAUGACGCUGGCAUGAAAUUUUUCAAUCAGCAUCAAGUUGACGGCCAUUUUUGGUGCAGAAACCAACCAUAUAUGCAGAUCAUGCUCAAGUUGUUUGCCAUCCAGGCUUCGCAUCCGGGGUUGGACAGGUUUCGUUCUUCUGCAUUAAAUCAACUUUCCCUCUGUGCCUCAUGCAUUGACGCAUACCACACGUCGACAAAACAGAUCCUCAAGAUUUAUAAUGACCAGUACGAGUCCAACACGGUUGAGUUGUUCUUUACCCAGCUUUUGGCAAACGAUAGAAACAGGCUCGAGUGCGCACUGAAGAAUUCUACUUCUGCUGCCGUGGGAAAUGCCGCGCCAAAUGCCACGGCGCCCAUUUCCCUCCUAUAUGCGAUGUAUGAGAUCUGUGCCUAUCCAGAACUACUAUGCGAUUUGGAUAUUCAUACUCGUUUUGCAAUGACCAUCAACUUAAUGGUAACUGGUCGCGCAAAAACGUUCACCAUGAAGCGCGUUGUUCCUGGACUGUUGCUGUCUUUACUGUCUCCCCAAAAGAAUGUGCGCUUGUGGGCCACAAGAACAGUGCAGUCUUGGGUUGCAAGGCCUUCGGCUACCGUUGAAAGUGGCUGCAAUUCAACGCCCAGCAAUUCUUCUUCUCAACUGGCAUUACCCUAUCCCGAGUAUACCGAUGAGGAGUCUUUGGGUGAUUCAUUUUCCCAAAUAUGGAUGUUUAUAUUGAGCGUGCUAAAAUCGAACUCGCUGGAAAUAUCGGCCCCGGAGGGUGUUCCCCUGUAUCUUGUUGGUUGCAAGAAAUUCCCAAUAACACGCUCAAGUCUCCAUUUUUUUGACGGGCUUUCACUGGCGCUGAGGGCGCUUGAUACAAAUAACCUGACCACUCUGCCCAACUCCAGUAUCAAGUGGUUUUCGUUGCUUGCAAAUCUACUUAUCCCGUUUUUAUCACAAAGCCAAUUGUAUCCAAAUGUGCUGUUCUGCUAUUCAUUUGCACUUUCAACUGUUUCUUUUGGCAAUUUGAAGGAACAUUCAACUUUGUCCCUCUACAAUGCCCAAUCUGGGGACAAUCCACUUAAAGACGUGGCUCGUUUAGGCCAAACGCUUGUCGAAAAUUCACGCUCUUACACGCGCCUCUUAUUUAGUUCAUUUGAUCACGAUCCCGAAUCGCAGAUUCAAAAGGAUAUCGAAGAUUAUCAAUUGGAGUUGGGGUCCGCUUCAUUUUCCGAUUUACAUACCGUUUUACGCUUCAAAAACAUGAGGCCCUUUGAAAUCCCCCUGUCAUGGCAGAAGCCAUUUAUAGCCAAUAUUUUCUUGUCUGGCCAUAUUUCUCACCAUGCUAUUGAAAUCUAUUGUAGCCUUGUAUAUUCGAUGUUGUUGGUUGAUGGAGAGGAUGGCUUUCCCAUAAAAUUCAAGAUCCAAUCGAUCAUCACGGCUUAUCGGAUUCUUUCCGCGUUGAUAUGCGAACUGGUUGCAGAGGAUGCGCUUAUUUUGGAGCUGUUUUCGUUUCGUAAUUUGGCAUCGUUGAGAUGCGGGUACUUUGGCGCACCCUUUGAUUGCAUCCCUUGCAUCAUCGAUACUUUCAUCGAUUUUGAUGCUUGA